CUGUGCUUGGUACAUUCUGUGCCUUUCACUAUGUGCUUGCACAUGUCUAAAGACAUCUACUGUAUGUGCUUCUGGGCAACUUAGGUUCUUUGGAUCUGUAUGCCUGAACCCAUAACCUGUUGAAUAUGUGAGUAAAUAGUAUACACCUGUGCAAUCACCAAUUACCCCAUACGCUUAAAAUCUAAACCAGUACUUUAGUUUAUUGUUUAGCAGUCUGGUUGUAUAGACAUACUCACAGUUACAUACACUCAGUAUGUGGAUGGUGGAAUAGAGCUUGUAAAGAGCAUAUAGAUCACCAGCCAAUGCUAUAUUUGGGUAGCAGUGCAUAUACAAGCAGUAUCAGUAUGCAGCAAUAGUGAUUACUGCAUCUCUCCCUCUGAAGUGCAAUAUCACAGUGUCUCCCAGGAUGGCAGCCCUCUGGGUAAAGAACUUGAUACCUCCCCAAAGGAGCAACAUGGAGACUGCACAGUAGCACUCUCCACAUCUCAACAAGUUUCAAGCUGGUUGAGGGUGGUAUAUAUGGAAACAUUGAUGGAGAAGCAGACAGCGAGCUACUGUCUUCUUGCAGCUGCUAUAAUUGUACUGAGUAUCACAAGAGAAGAAGCAAGAAUUAUAAAGUUCAAUAGAGUGAUGAUGUUCAAGUCUUGCACUCAUCAUUUUUUUCUCUGGUUUUCUGUGGAACUUCUCAUUAUCAUUAUAAAUGGCCAACGUUUGAAACAAGCAAAAACACCUCUAUUGGAGAAUAAGCCUUUCAUUGCAAUCUGGAACGCACCCACGCAGCAAUGUAAACUUAGAUAUAAGAUUGACCUGGAUCUCAGUGUCUUUGAUAUAGUUGCAAACAAAAAUGAAACUUUAAGUGGUCAAAAUGUCACAAUAUUUUACCACACUCACCUGGGGUACUAUCCCUAUUGCACUGAUGAUGGACAGUCUAUGCACGGUGGCGUGCCACAAAACCAAAGUCUCAAAAAGCACCUUGACAAGGCUACAGAAGAUAUUAUCACACGUUUGCCAGAUAAAGAUUUCCCAGGCCUUGGAGUUAUUGAUUGGGAGAACUGGAGGCCCCAGUGGGAUAGAAACUGGGGAAUUAAAAGCAUCUAUAGAAAUAAAUCAAUAGAGCUGGUGCAAAAACAUCACCCAGAGUGGCCUGUCCACCUGAUAAAGCAAAAGGCCAAGGAAGAGUUUGACGAGGCUGCAAGGACUUUCAUGAGUGAAUCUGUUCUUUUGACUCAAGAAAUCAGAUCGAAUGGGCUUUGGGGCUACUACUUGUUUCCUGAUUGCUAUAACUAUGAUUAUAAGAAUAAAGCUCAUUCAUAUACAGGCAAAUGUCCAGAUAUUGAAAUGAAGCGCAAUGAUUAUCUGCAAUGGAUGUGGAAGUAUAGCACUGCUCUUUACCCCUCCAUAUAUUUAGACUAUGUUCUUAAAUCAAGUGAAAAUGCAAAAAAUUUUGUUCAUUAUCGUUUACGAGAAGCAACACGAGUUGCCUCAAUGUCAGAAAGACCAUAUGAUGUGCCAAUUUAUGCGUAUGCAAGGCCAUUUUACUCAUUAACUCUUUAUACUUUAUCAGAGAUUGAUCUAAUUCAUACAAUUGGCGAAAGUGCUGCAUUAGGAGCCGCAGGGAUUGUGCUGUGGGGAGGAAGUGAUUACUCCAGUACUCCGGAAAGCUGCAAACUAGUGAAGAACUAUAUUGAUGGACCAUUUGGACAUUAUAUUGUCAAUGUAACUUCAGCAGCUAAACUUUGCAGCAAAGUCUUGUGUGGAAAAAAUGGAAGAUGUGUAAGAAAGAAUCUGAAUUCAGCAGCUUACUUACACUUGAAUCCGAGAAAUUUUAAGAUAAAGUCCCAUGUUUCUGGCAAAGGACAUUAUGUCACUGGGCACCAUGGAAAGGAAGAUGUCCGAUACAUGAAGCACAGAUUUGUGUGUCAGUGCUUUGAAGGGUGGACUGGAAUGUCCUGUGAGCUUCCAGUAACUGAGGAUUUGAAGUGGAAGACAGGCACCUCGCAUAAUGGCUCAGACUUAUCAUUCAUUGCUUUUACCUUUUUGUUUUAUGCAUUUUUUCAAAUCAGUAUACUACUAGUGCUUUAUACAUAAUUGUGAGGCUCUCAUAUAUAACAAAUAUAAGCAACUAAUACUUUAAAUAUCAAAUCGUAUCAUGCUAAUUCCACUCUAGUUAAAAUGCAAUCCUCACCUGCUUCCAGUGGAUGGGUUAUUUUAUUAUCUGAGCUCAUAUUCACAAGAAUGCUACCUACUGCACUAGGUGCCCACAAAAGGUCUACCACCUAUGUGUAUGUGUAUGUGACAAGUGCCCUACAAGAACAUCUGAAUGUUAAAAUCUUAAGAGAUUGACAAUUACUGUAUAUGCUCUCCCAUUAAACGUUGUAGGUUUUUGUUGGGCUUGGUAUGUAUCAUGAUACACUGUUACCACUUAAUUUAAGAGGUUCCAUCUACGGUUGAAAAUUAAUCAAAACACUUGAAACAGUAGAAAAUUAAUCAAAACACUUCCC